AUGGGUAAAGGAUCGCUGCUGGUGCAGUGGGAAAGUGCUCAGCUGCUGACCAGAAGUUUGGCGGAUAGAGGCCAUCCAGCAUCUGUGCAGAAGAAAGACCUGGAGAUCUGCUCCAGUAACAAUUACAGCUUAGAAGGCCAUGACUGCAGCAUUCAAGAAAAAAUUGACUUAGAAAUUCGAAUGCGAGAAGGAAUAUGGAAACUCCUUUCUUUGAGCACUCAAAAAGACCAGAUUUUGAAUGCAGUUAAGAAUCUCAUGGUUUGCAAUGCUCGAAUAAUGGCUUACACAUCACAGCUACGGAAAUUAGAAGAGCAGAUGGCAAAUCCAACUGGAAAAUGUGAUGUGAAUUUUGACAGUCGAGAACGAAUAGCCUGUAAAGGAAAGAUUGCCAUAUCAGAUAUCCGAAUACCACUAAUGUGGAAGGACUCUGAUCACUUCAGCAAUAAAGAACAAUCACAGCGCUAUGCCAUUUUUUGUUUAUUCAAAAUGGGAGCUGAAGUUUUUGACACCGAUAUGGUGAUUGUGGAUAAGACAAUCACAGAUCUAUGCUUUGAAAAUGUAACUAUAUUUAAUGAAGCCGGGCCAGACUUUCAGAUCAAGGUGGAAGUAUACAGCUGCUGUUCAGAAGAAUCUUCUAUAACCAACACUCCAAGAAAACUAGCUAAGAAACUGAAGACAUCUUUAAGUAAAGCUACAGGAAAGAAAAUAAAUUCAGUGCUUCAAGAAGAUGAUAAUGAAAGGAACGUGCUCUUCAGUUCCGCUGCUUUUGGUGCAAAGUAUAAUUUGCUAGCUCAUACUACUCUGACCUUGGAAAGUAUUGAGGAUAACUUCAAGACUCAUAAUCUGUCUAUUAAUGGAAACGAAGAGUCUUCAUUCUGGCUUCCCUUAUAUGGUAAUAUGUGUUGCCGAUUAGUUGCCCAGCCAGCUUGCAUGGCUGAGAAUGCAUUUGCAGGAUUUCUGAAUCAGCAGGAAAUUGUAGAAGGUCUAAUUAGUUGGAGAAGGUUGUAUUGUGUUUUAAGAGGGGGCAAACUCUUUUGCUUUUACACCCCAGAAGAAAUUGAAGCUAAGGUGCAGCCAACCUUGGUAGUACCCAUUAAUAAGGAAACUAGAAUCCGGGCAGUGGAUAAGGAUGCCAAGAAAAGAAUCCAUCAUUUCUCUGUCCUCAACCAUGGUGCUGGACAGAUAUUUUCAGCUGACAGUAGAGAAGAUCUUCAGAAGUGGAUGGAAGCCUUCUCGCAGCAUUUCUUUGAUCUUUGCCAAUGGAAGCAUUGUUGUGAAGCACUUAUGAAAAUUGAGAUUAUGUCACCACGGAAACCACCUUUGUUCUUGACAAAAGAGGCAACCUCAGUCUACCAUGAUAUGAGCAUUGAUUCUCCUAUGAAACUUGAAAGUUUAACUGAUAUAAUACACAAGAAAAUUGAAGAGACAAAUGGACAGUUCCUUAUCGGUCAGUGUGAAGAAUCCUCACCACCUCCCUGGGCCUCACUCUUUGAUGGUAAUCAUCAAAUGGUCAUUCAGAAGAAGGUGUUAUCUCCUGAAAAUGAGCAGUUACAGGAUGGGAAAAGGAAAAAGAGACGAGCUCCCCUUCCUCCUUCUGAUAAACCUCCCUUCAGCUUAAAAACACAUUCCAACAUAGACCCACUGGCUAUGAGCAAGUGGGAAAAAACUAGUGUAUCUCGGGCCUCACCUUUGGAAACCAAAUUAUCAAGCCUAAUGCAUCACCUACAGAAACCAAUGGCUGCUCCUCAAAAACUGCUUUCUGCCACAAAACAUGGUUUAAGUGAUGGUGAGCACGUAGACUCUAAAACCAAUUCUGAAGCCAAGCCAGUGCCAGCUGCAAGGCAGAAAUCCAUCAAAGACAUCUUGGACCCUAGAUCAUGGUUGCAGGCACAAGUAUAG